CACUUUCCCUCCAACUUCCCUCCAAACCCUAAUCCCUCUCUCUCUCUCUCUCUCUCUCUCUCUAUCUCUCUCUCAUAGUGACCAUCAACGCAGACCACUGAUUCCUCCGGUGGUUCUCGGUGGCGAGCCCAAUCCGAUGACGCCGGCGUGUACCUGCGGCUGAAGCGGAGGAAAUGGCCUCGGUCGUCGUCGUCGGCGGCGGCGGCGAUGGCGGAGAGCCCGAUACGGCGAUCCCCAAUUCCGAUUCCGUUGCGGCUGGAACCCUGCCCACCGAUCGCGAAUCCUCACGCUAUCCGUCCCCUGAAUGCGGUGACGCGAUGAAAGGAGAGACCUUGGAUGAGGAGCUUUAUGUAGAAAGCACGAUGCGGUUCGAUGAUACUGUCCCGUUAGAUGGCGCAUUCGAGACUCAGAUCCUAGAUACGGGUGGAGAGACCCAAUUGGUCGAUUUUGGCGGUGAAACUCAAGUAGUUGAUUGCGAAGAUGGCAUUGGGAAUGUUGAGACACAGAUCUUAUUAGAUGCAUAUGAUACUCAAGUCGUUUUUGAUAGUCAGAGUGAAGAUACCGGUGGAACUGAAGUCCUGGGUUCUGAUGACGAGAUAUCAGGUGGUGGUUCGCACGGGAAAGGCGGUUAUUCUAGAGAUGAGAGGAUGUCCCCCGGUUCGUUUAGCAAGGAUAGCAAGGCCAGGGAGCAAUCCGCUGCUUUAACUGAUGAACCGUGCAAUUCAGGUUCUGUCAGGAGGGGGUUUACUUCAAUUCGUGCAGCAUCUCUCCGAGCAUCUGGUUUAGCUGCUCGCAGCAUGUACCUGAAUGGUGCUAGCAGUGCGUCAUGUUCUCUCCGGAGCAUGAGGCAGUCUUCAGAAGAACAGGCUGGUGAAGAUAACGGGACAUCUUUCCGAGAUGCUUCUCUUAAAUCUGGUGAAGAAUUUGAUCAGGAAUGUGAUGCUGAGACUUCUAUUGAGAAGACGGAGGAGAUGGAACAUGGGAAGAAGUGCAAAAUUGGGAGUUGCACUGUUAGACGACUCUUUGCAGAGGAUGUUGACAAUAUGCCUGAUGAGACAGCUGACUCGAAGGAAGUUCCUCUUGGAAAUGACAAACUUGCUGGAUUAAGCUAUGUAGAAUCGCAAGAACCAGGAGAACUUUCACAGGCAAACGCACUUGAUUUUGUUGACAGGUUUCUGAAGGACAAUGCCGAGCAACUUCAUGAAGAGCUUGACUUUGGAAACACUGUUGGAAGAAAACCAUUAUCAAUCUCGAGUGCAAAAGGGCCACAGAAUUUGGCCAAGAGUGCAAGUAGAAUAACUGUAAGAGCAGAGGUUUUUGACUGGGAUGAUGGACGCGAGGAUGAGGGUGGUGGAGAUAUUUUCUGCAGGCGGAAGGAAGAUUUCUUUGAUGGUGGGAGCAGUAAGUGCAGAUCCGUGACCUUGCCCAGGAAGCACAGAAACAGAAAACAAGAUGGUCAUGGAGAAAGGGACGAACCAUCAAGUGCUCCCUGCAAAAUAAAUGGCGUACUUCAUUCUGAUUCAAAAGCAAUUUGGAGAAUGGGUGGAAAAAGUCAGAUGGUGGCCAAAGCGGCUGAAAUGAAUCUCAAAAGGGAUCUUGCAAACCAGUUGGAUGAACAGUCUAAGAUAGAUUCUUCAAGAGACAACUCGGGGGCAAUUGCUGGUGAUGCUUGUGUGCCAGACAUGCUCAAUGUAGGCUUUGACACUCAACUGGCUGCAGAGGCUAUGGAAGAAUUAUGCCAGGGGGAGGCCCUUCCUAGGGAGGAUAAUUGUGACAUCAGCAUUUCUACAAGAAAGUUGAGAAGCACAAAGAGAGAUGAUAAUGAACAAAGUAAAAAGCCAUCCAUCUCACUGCAGAAGCGUUCUAAGGAUAAGAAGAGGUGCCGCAGUCCGGGACAAAGAACUCACAUGUUGGAUAUGACUGGCCUUACUGCCAAUAUGAGCGAAAAGUUGAAUAAAUUGCCUUCCGAGAACUUACAGCAUAAAAACAGGGAAUCUCUCAGAAGACGCCAAGCUGGUGAGUUUGCUAAACAACAUGUCACCAGAACAGCGAAUGGAGUUACUUUCGCCAGCAAGCAGCAAUUACUAGGCAAAGGUGGUUUCUUAACACCCAUUGCUAGGCGAACCAGAUCUUCCUUGGCAGUUAAUCAAGUGCAAAGGACAGAAAGUUUAUUAAGUAACCACAAGAAAGCAACAGAGAGUGCAGAGAAUGUUGGGGUCUGUAAAAGGAAAAGAAGCACCCGAGAAGGAAGAAGUAGCAAAAAAAGUGAUGAUGAUUCAAUGGUCAAGGCUAGAGGAAAUUCACCGGAGAAGGUCCUUGCAGUAGAAAGGGGCAAGAGGUCUGUUAGACAAAAACGGAUGAAAUCUGAUGCUACUAGUAAGGGUGAUCUGGAAGUACAGUUGCCAGCUCAAAAUUUUGAAUCAGGACUAGAGAAUGCCGCUAGCGAGACCACUUCUUUCAAGUUGGAUAGGGAACCGUUAGCUAAGGGUUUAAACAUGACUGACGCGAUUGGGCUGUCUGAAAGAAACGGAGAUGUGGGCGCCACAUCAUCCACUGAGAAUACAGAAUCAAAUGCCAUGUUAGGUCAUACUCCAAGAGAAAAAUGUAAUGGAAAUUCAGCUCAUACUACUCCUAUUAACUGUUUAACGCCCUUCAAUGAUGCUUCGCCGGUUUGUGUGGGGAAUGGUUAUAUGUAUCCAUCGUGCAAGAAGAACCUUUCAAGAUCAUACCUCAGGAACGAAAUUAAGAGCUUAAAUGCAUCAGGACCACGACCUUCUUCAUCAUACAAGGAUAUGCGGAAGAGGAGAGACAUGAGUGACAUUAGUGUCUUGUACAGCCACCACUUGGAUGAUGAUAUUAUCAAGCAGCAGAAAAAGAUUUUGGCUCGUCUAGGAGCUUCUGCAGUGUCUUCUAUUGCUGAAGCCACGCAUUUCAUAACAGAUAAAUUUGUGCGUACAAGAAAUAUGUUAGAAGCAAUUGCUUCUGGAAAGCCGGUAGUUACCCAUUUAUGGCUUGAGAGUUGUGGACAAGCUAACUGCUUUCUCGAUGAGAGAAAUUACAUACUAAGAGAUGCCAAGAAGGAGAAGCAAUUUGGCUUUAGUAUGCCUGUUUCAUUGGCACGCGCAUGCCAGCAUCCACUUUUACUGGGUCGAAGAGUUUUGAUCACCUCAAAUGUAAAGCCUGGUAAAGACAUAAUAUCAAGUCUAGUCAGAGCAGUUGGUGGCCAACCAGUAGAGAGAAUUGGAAGAUCUGCUUUGAGAGAUGAUAAAUUAGCAGAUGAUUUGUUGAUUUUAUCCUGUGAGGACGACUACAACAUGUGCCUUCCUUUCCUUGAGAAAGGUGUAACAGUAUAUAGUUCAGAGCUACUGCUGAACGGGAUAGUUACUCAAAAGCUGGAAUAUGAAAGGCACCGUCUCUUUGCAGAUCAUGUUAAAAGAACUCGCUCGACGAUUUGGCUUAAAAAAGAUGGUCACAAUUUUGUUCCUGUGGCCAAACAUAAAUAGAAGGGGUAAGCCUCUUCUGUCCUAACGCCUGCAUAUGGUGGCCUUGGCUUGAUACUAUAGCUAUGCAGUGUUAUGUACAUAGUAUGCUGUACCGAGUUCACACAUGUUGUUCAAAUGAAAUUAUUUAUUUGUCUAGAA